AUGUCUUUGAGCGGCGCUUCCGCUUCAGUCGCCACCGCUUCAGUCGCCACCGCUAAUGCGGUCCCGCAAGGUGUGCCUGGCGCAGUUGACCAGGUCACUGUACCUCGAACUGCUUCGCUGCUUUCACCGCAGCAGGCAAGCACGGAUCUACAGCCACAGCUCGACUCGGGAGCAAAAGAUGCGCAGCAGGCCAUCCUCAGCGACCCGCAACCAGUACAUGCUGUUGACGACGACGAGCAGAUCUCAGAGCAACACCAGGAACAACGACAAGAGCCAGCAACGACAUCACAAGCUCCCACAAAUCAGCAAAAAAAUCCUCCUGAGCAAGUGGCCAUCCCAAUGACUCCCGCUGCUCGUCGACUGCACAGCUCCACCUCCUCUCCGCUCUCAGAUCAAGCCAACGAAAAUCGAAGCACUAAAUCUUCCACCUCCAGCAGUGGCGGUAGGGACAGCGACCAGAAGCGUUCCGAACCCAAGCGGAGCAGAAGCAAGAAGAAGCACAAUGCUUCGGACGGCGUCCAAGUCGAACGUGUUGGUUUCAAGGAGCUCUAUCGUUAUGCUACCAUCUGGGACCACAUCUACAAUUUCAUCGGUCUCAUUGCUGCUGCCGCUGCCGGUGCUGUGCAGCCCCUCAUGACGAUUGCCUUUGGAAGCUUGACCACCGCUUUCCUCCAGUACUCCAACACACUGCUCUUCGGUGGUGACAUUGUCGCAGCUCGCAAUCACCUCAACCACCAAAUCGCCCAUGGCAUCCUCUUCCUCGUCUACAUCGGCAUUGCCAUGCUUGCUGCUACUUACAUCUACAGUGCUGCCUGGGUUUACACUGGACAAGUCAUCACUCGUCGUAUUCGAGAGAGGUACCUUCAGGCCGUGCUCAGACAGGACAUUGCCUACUUUGACCUUGUCGGUGCUGGUGAGAUCACAACCCGUAUUCAAUCUGAUAUCCAACUUAUCCAGGAAGGAAUCAGCGACAAGAUCCCCAUGUCGGUCAUGUUCAUCUCUGCCUUCGUUACCGGUUUCAUCGUCGCCUACGUCAAGUCCUGGCAACUUGCCCUUGCUCUCAGCUCCAUGAUCCCAUGUAUCAUUGCCGCAGGUGCCUUGAUGAACGCCGUCACUGCCAAGCUUCAACAGGCUGAGCUCGACCGAGUCUCGAAAGCUGCUUCCAUCGCUGAAGAAGCUCUUGCCACUCUUCGUACCGCCAAAGCUUUCGGUAUCGAGAACAACCUUGUCCAACUCUACGACGAGAGCAACAGGGAGGCAACUAGGUUCGGUAUGAAGAGGUCUCUCUUCCAAGGUAUUGGAAUGGGCGUCUUCUUCUUCGUCAUCUACAGUGGUUACGCUUUGGCCUUCUACUUCGGAGCCAAGCUCUUGGCAAGUGGUCAUAUCCAGUCCGGUACUGUCAUGAACGUCAUUCUCUCCAUUCUCAUCGGCGCCUUCUCCAUGGCCAUGAUGGCUCCCAACAUGCAAGCUCUUUCCUACGCUUUCGCAGCAGGUGCCAAGGUCUUCGAGACGAUCGACCGAAUUCCUCCCAUCGACUCGAGCGACCCUAGCGGACUUCGACCUGAGAAGUGCCAAGGCAAGCUUUCCUUCCGUGAUGUCGACUUCAGCUACCCCGCACGACCCGAUGUUCCCGUCCUCGACAACUUUAGCCUCGAAGUCCCUGCCGGUAAAGUCACUGCGCUUGUCGGAGCUUCCGGUUCGGGCAAGUCCACUAUUGUGUCUCUUGUCGAGCGAUUCUACGACCCCGAUGCGGGAGCUGCCUACCUUGACGGCGUCGAUCUUCGCGAUCUCAAUUUGAAGUGGCUUCGUACUCAAAUUGGUCUCGUAUCGCAGGAGCCCACCCUCUUCUCCACCGACAUCCGCACCAACAUUGCCCACGGUCUUAUCAACACUCCCUACGCCAAAGCUUCUGACGACGAGAAGGAGAAGCUCAUUGUCGAUGCAGCCAAGAUGGCCAACGCACACGGCUUCAUCUCUCAGCUUCCCAACGGCUACCAUACCAUGGUCGGCGACCGUGGCUUCUUGCUCUCUGGUGGCCAGAAGCAGCGUAUCGCUAUCGCUAGAGCUAUUGUCAAGAACCCUCGCAUUCUGCUGCUUGAUGAAGCCACUUCGGCUCUCGACACGCAGAGUGAAGCUGUUGUGCAGGAUGCAUUGGAGCAAGCGAGUCAAAACAGGACCACAAUCACCAUCGCACAUCGUCUCUCGACCAUCAAGAACGCCGACAACAUUGUUGUGAUGGGCAAGGGAGUCAUCCUGGAGACAGGCACACACGACCAGCUGCUCCAACUCAACGGAGCCUAUGCACAGUUGGUCGAUGCCCAGAAGAUCCGAGCCAACGUCAGCACAAAGACCACCGAGGAUGACGAAGAGGAGGAUGAAGGUGUCGGGAAGAAAUUCGUCCCUUCCAACGCCCAAGUCUCUGCUACUCCUCUUGUCACAACCGACGUCGAAAAGCAACAGCUUCGCGAGGAAGCCAAAGCCGAAAUGCCUGCUGGGCUCGACAAAACUGCCACCCAUGGCUCUGUUGCUUCUGCCAUCCUUGCUCAACGCCAAGCCCAAGCUGCUGCCGAGGAGGAGAACGAAAAGAUCCCUUCCAUCUUCUACCUUCUCUACCGACUCGCUAAGAUCAACCGCGACCACGUGCUGUCGCUCUACGUCCCGGGUGUCAUUGCUUCCAUCUGUUCCGGUGCAGCCUAUCCCUGUUUCUCGAUCUUGUUCGGCCAUGCGCUACAGAACUUCUCGCUCUGCAGUGCUAUCGGCGGUGGUCCCUGUCCUGAGCCGACGAGGAGUAUCAUGUUGCACGAUGCAAAUCGGUGGGCAUUGUACUUCUUUGUCAUUGCUAUCCUGUGUACGCUCGCGAUCGGCAUUCAGACUUACACACUGAUGAAGGCAUCAUCAAUUCUGAUGGAGAGGAUCAGGAGAAUGUCCCUCUUCGCCUACCUCAGGGCGGAUGUUGCAUACCAUGACGAAGACAAGAACUCAAGUGGCUCGCUCAGCAACUCUCUUGCGGACAACUCGCAGAAAAUUAACGGUCUUGUCGGUGUGACACUUGGAACGAUCAUUCAGUCCAUCUCGACUCUCGUCACUGGUGCCAUCAUCGCUUUGGCAAACGGAUGGAAGCUUUCGCUCGUCGUCAUUGCUUGUAUCCCUCUUACGCUCAGCGCUGGUUUCGUUAGGCUCCAACUCGUAGUUCUCAAAGAUGCUAGAAUCAAAAAGGCAUACCAAGGAUCAGCAGCGAAAGCAUGUGAAGCAGCCGGCUCCAUGCGUGUGGUCGCUUCUUUGACACGCGAAGAAGAUUGUCUCGAGAUCUACCGUCGCGAAUUGGACGCUCCCUCCCAGAUCUCCCGCAACACGGCUUUCUACGGCAAUUUCCUCUAUGCUGUCUCGCAAGCGCUGCAGUUCUGGAUUAUCGGUCUUGGUUUUUGGUACGGUUCUCACCUCUUGAUCAAGGGAGAGUACACCUCUGGACAGUACUUCACCAUUCUCACUGCUGUCGUUUUUGGAUCUAUCCAGGCAUCGAACGCGUUCUCUUUCGUCCCGGAUAUCUCUAACGCCAAAACCGCAGCUUGGGAUAGCAUCAAGUUGCUCGACAUGGUCCCUGAGAUUGAUGUCACCUCUGACGAAGGUGAAAUCAUUCCCCAAGUCCAGGGCCAUGUCAAGCUAGAGAAUGUGCACUUCCGCUACCCAACCCGACCAACCGUCCGAGUCCUGCGCGGCUUAGACAUUGAAGUGAAACCUGGAACAUACGUCGCUCUCGUCGGCGCUUCUGGUUGCGGUAAAUCCACCACGAUCCAACUCAUACAACGGUUUUACGACACGCUUUCCGGUAGAGUCCUCAUCGACGGAAAAGACAUUUCAAGCUUAAACCUCCGAGACAUCCGUAAACAUAUGGCUCUCGUAUCCCAGGAACCAACACUAUACGACGGUUCGAUUGAGUUCAACAUUCGUCUUGGUGCCUUCGAGGAUGCGGAUACGGUCAGCAUGGACGAGCUCCGCGCAGCAGCAGCCAGUGCUAACAUUCUCGCCUUUAUCGAGAGCUUACCUGACAAGUGGGACACUCAGGUGGGUGGCAAAGGCACACAGCUUUCAGGUGGUCAGAAGCAACGUAUUGCCAUUGCGCGCGCACUCAUUCGAAACCCCCGCAUCCUCUUACUCGACGAAGCAACCAGCGCACUAGACUCGGAUAGCGAGAAGAUCGUACAAGAAGCACUCGACAAAGCAGCUGCAGGCCGAACCACCAUUGCCAUUGCGCAUAGGUUGAGUACGAUCAGUCGAGCAGAUAUGAUUUAUUGUCUCAAAGACGGAAAAGUUGCUGAACAAGGAACGCACGGAGAGUUGUUGGCUAGGAAUGGAAUUUAUGCUGAUCUGGUGCGGAUGCAGGAGCUUCAGAAGGAGGAGUAG